AGGUUAUGGCCUGUAGUUUAGGAUGUACAUGUGAGACUGACUCGUCCGCCAGUAGCCACGUUUACUCUAGAGGAGCUUUGGAAACUAUUUUGAAACGGCAAUUCAACACAAAUAAAAAAAAAACAGGUGUCCAUUUAAGAUAGACUUUAGUCCAUUAUUGACUUAAAAUACCUGUUUUAUUUAAAUUGGGGAUCGAUCUAAAGUCUGUUGGGAAUAACUUCAAAUAAAAUAGCCUAGGUGUAUUUUAUUUUGUUCAUUCGGCAACUUUCUUUUAUCUAUGCAGGCUACCAUCUAAACGAGGUUUACAGUGGUCGAUACUUAUUAACAUCAGUGCUGUGCAGCCAGCGGGACGGGGUAUAGUGAAAGUUGUGGACCUCCCACUUAACUACGCUCCCCUCGCUCCGGUCCCUGGCAAGGAGCGCCUCUCGGUCCAGACUCCAGACUCGCCCCAGCGACGCUCCCGGGACCACGCAGCGUCUCCCUCUAGGAACCCACUCAGGUCAAGGGUCUUGAGUGAAUUUGGGGCUUCCCCCGAGGGGCGUAGUGCACGGACCCCCCACAGAGCGCAGACCCCCUGCAGGGCAGAGACCCCCCCACCGAGCAGAGACCCCCUACAGCGCGCAGACCCCCAGCCGAGCACGACGACAACCCGACACCACAUCUCAUCGCUCAGUGGGACCUGUUCCGUGUUUUCCUUCGGAUUCCCCCUCAGGCCGUCAUGGCACGCCACCGCGGAUACGGGCCGGCGCCGGUCACGAGCGCGCUCCUCACGUGCACGCUCCUCCUCCUCCUCCUCUUGGCCCCGCCCCCGGCGCUCUGCCAGCAAGACUGCACCGGCGUGACCUGCCCCCCCCUGAGCCACUGCAUCCAGGAGGUGCUGGAGAGCGGCGCCUGCUGCCCGACCUGCGCGCGCACGGGGUGCGCGUGCGAGGGCUACCAGUACUACGACUGCCUCAACGCCGGCUUCAAGAACGGCAAGGUGCCCGCGGGCGACGCCUACUUCGUGGACUACGGCAGCACCGAGUGCUCCUGCCCCGAGGGCGGCGGGCGCAUCAGCUGCAGCUACAUCACCUGCCCUGACCUGCCGGCCAACUGCAUCCAGACCUCGGCGCCGGCCGACGCCUGCGCGCACUGCGAGCGCGUGGGCUGCGUGCACGGCGCCAGCGGGCAGAAGUACGACGCCGGCCACUCCUUCCACGUGGACGCCUGCGACGUGUGCCACUGCCCCAGCGGCGGCGGCGAGCUCAUGUGCUCCCCGGUCCCCAACUGCGACCCGCGGGACGCCCGUCUGCCCGCGGCGGCGGCGCCCCCGCCACCGCCCACCGCGCGCAGCGGGAGGCGCGGACCCCCCGACGACCCCCGCGUCGCCGGCUUCGUGCAGCGCCGGGGGCACGGCGGCGGUGGCGGCGGUGGCGGCGGCGGCGGCGGCGGCGGCGGUGGACCGCAUGCUUAUCAACCCCUGGCGCUGAAGAAGAUUUCUCCAGAGGAGGAAGAGGAGCAGAUGGAGGCGGGGGACUACGACUACGAACCCGUCGGCGUCGGUGGGUUUGAGGACAGACCGGCGUCCCGCAGCACCCCCGCCCCUCGGUCGGGCCAGGGGUACGAGCGGAGGAACAAGCUGGAGCUCAGAGAGAGGCACGGCGUUCGGGACCACGGGGUCCCGGAGACGGGCCCCGGGCGCGGCACCGUGAGAACCCCCGUCCGGCCCCACGCCACGACGCACGGCGGCGGCGGCGGCGGGACCUCCCACGGGAACAACAUCCAACGCCUGCGCCCCCCCAACCCCCAGCACGCCACCCACAGCCAGCCGGACCCCCAGGCCCUCCUGGACAGCCCGGUCCCCGGCGAGAGCAUGACGGACCGCGCCGUCUUCUCCCUGCACACGCCGCCCGACGGGGGCAACCUCCCGCCCUUCUUCCAGAGCCGCGCCGAGACCCCGUCGGCCCGCGCGGCGGAAGACCCCCAAAGCGCGGACGCAGACGUCGUCCAGAGGCCGGCCCUCCCGCCGUACCCCCAGGAGGGGCCCUGGAGCGGACCCCCGGUGUUCCAGCCCGCCCCCGGGAACCAGAGCCCCUGGGUUCAUCACCCGAUGCCGGAGGCCAGGCAGCCGUCAGAGCGGCUUGGUGCGGGGGUCCGCCCGGAUCGGCCCCCCCACGCAGAGUCCACGCUACGCAGCCCGAGCGCGGGGCAGAACGCGCCCGACUCGGAUUACCCCGAUGAGUACGAGACCGGGUACGAAGACGCGGACAUGGAGGAAGGGGAGGAGGAGGAGGAGGAGGAGGAGGAGCUGGUGCGUGUCCAAGAGGGGAUGGAGGACAGGGAGGGAGCGUACCAGCUGAGAGGGAGUGACGUAGGGCCCGGGGGACGGGACGGGGUGCAUGAUGGGAAGGCACCAGUGGUGGAGGGGGAGGGGGGUGGUUUGUGGAGCAGCCAUGCCCAGAACGAGGCCCCCCCCCUGGCCACAGACUUCGACCAGCACCUCCACCUGGAGACCACGGUGGAGCCCAUCACCACAGAGGCUCCCAGAGAGACUACGCCCCCCACUACCACCAUCCCCACCACCACCACCACCAUCCCCACCACCACCAUCCCCACCACCAUCACUACCACUGCAGCCACCACUACCACGGUAACCACCACCAACACCCCCACCACUUCAACCAGUGCCACCACCACCCCCACCACCACCCCCGCCACCACCACCACCACCACCACCACCGUCCAACCAGGCACCACCAACACGCCCACAGCGGUCACCUCAGAGGGGCAUCGUGGGAGAACGCAGCCUCAGGCGCCCUUUGACCCCCCCGGCGAGGAUUUAGUGAGGGGGGAGGAGGAGCGGGGGGAGGAGGAGGAGGAGGAGGAGGAGAGGGAAGAUUCAACAGAAGCUGCAGGCCCCGCACCAGAUGCCUCUGCUGGGCUGAUGCUGCGGGACUGCUGCACCGUGGGCCAGAGAUGGGCGUCAGAGCACCAGCGCUGCAGCAACAUGCCUCUGCUCUCCAGCGACACGCACUCCAUAUGCAGCGUGGCCCAGCAGCAGUGCUGCCUCAGCGCUCUGAAGGAGGGUCGCUGUGUGUCCGGUGUGGCCUCGGCCCGGGCGGGGGACCGCUGCUCUGUGGAGGGCUCUGUGGAGGGCUCUGUGGACCGGUGCGCUGACGACUCCCACCAGGUGUGCUGCAGCUGCUGCACCCUGGGUCUCCAGGUGCGGCGCGAGGGGCUGGGCUGCGACGGCCAGCAGUACCUGGGCUACCCCUGCGGACACAUCUUCCUCACCUGCUGCGAGGAAGAGGAGGGCGGACCGGGCCAGGGUCCGCUGAGGAGGUCGGAGAGACCCCUGCCCAGCGCCACGCCCAGGGAAGUCUCAGAUAGGAGGUUCCCUCAGGAGGCCUUGUCCAUUGACCCGAAAGGAAGAGCAGGAGGAGGAGGAGCAGGCGGAGGAGGAGGAGCAGGAGCAGGCAGAGGAGGAGGAGGAGGAGGAGGAGGAGGAGGAGGAGGAGGAGGAGGGGGGAACAGUGUCCAGGAGGAGGUGGACGUGUGCCAGCUGUGUCAGCACUUCUGCAAGCCCACCCGGGGGUCCUUCCGCUGCGACUGUCUCCUGGGUUACACACUGCAGGCCGACGGCCAAUCCUGCGCUCCAGAUCCCCCCAGGGAGGACAACAGACUGAGGGAGGAAGACCUCCACACCCGGCAUUCAGGCGGGGUCGCCCGCUCCACCAGCGCCACCUCCACCUCCACCACCCCUGCUUACCUCAACCCCUGCGCUGGCGGGGGUCCCUGCAGUCAGCGGUGCUCGGUGGUGGGGGGCCGAUACAGCUGCUCCUGCUUCGCGGGGUACUCCCUGAUGCCAGACAGACUCUCCUGCGAUGAUGUGGACGAGUGUGUGAGCGGCGUGCACAGCUGUGGCGUGGGCGAGCGGUGCGUGAACACGGUGGGGUCACAUGUGUGCGAGCGCCAGCUUUCCUGCUCGGCUGGCUACCAGUCCCGGAAUGGCGUGUGCGAGGACAUCGACGAGUGCAUGGUGCGGACCCAUAACUGCGGUGCCGGGCUGGUGUGUAAGAACACGGACGGGUCGUUUGUGUGCGGCCCCAAACAGAAGUGUCUGACCGGCUUCAAGCUGGACUCGCACGGGAACUGCAUCGACAUCAACGAGUGCAGCUCCCUGUCAGAGACGUGUAGCCCCGGGUUCAAGUGCAUCAACACGGUGGGCUCCUACACCUGCCAGCGCCAGGUCAUCCAGUGUUCCCAGGGCUACCAGUCCGGGCCUGAUGGGACCAGGUGCAUCGAUGUGGAUGAGUGUCUGAUGGGCACCUACCGAUGUGGAGCGGGACAGAUCUGUCACAACCUGCCUGGCAGCUACCGCUGUGACUGUGGGGCUGGCUACCAGUUCGACACCGUCCGCAAGGUCUGCAACGAUGUGAACGAGUGCUGGCGCUACCCGGGACGGCUGUGCUCCCAGACCUGUGACAACACCCCGGGUUCCUACCAGUGCUCCUGCACCGCCGGAUUCGCCCUGGCCUUCGACGGCAAGAACUGUGACGACCUGAAUGAAUGCGACUCUAACCCGUGCAGCCAGGAGUGUGCAAACAUCUACGGAUCGUACCAAUGCUACUGCCGCCAGGGCUUCUACCUGAAGGAGGACGGGCACACCUGCGAAGACAUUGACGAGUGCUCCCAGAGCAUUGGGAACAUGUGUGCGUUUGAGUGCGUCAACGUCCCGGGGAGCUACCAGUGUGCCUGUCCCACCACGGGGUACACCAUGGCCGCCAACAGACACACCUGCAGAGAUAUUGAUGAGUGCACCACCGGCGCCCACAACUGUUCUGGGGAGCAGAGCUGCUACAACAUCCAGGGGAGCUAUCGCUGCCUCUCCUUCACCUGCCCGCCCAACUACAAGAAGGCAUCUGACACGCGCUGCGAGAAGCUGGGUUGCCCGGGCAACGCGCCGGAGUGCCUGAAACUCCCGCUGCGCAUCACCUACUACCAGCUCAACUUCCAGACCGACAUCCUGACGCCGGCCCAGAUCUUCCGCAUCAGCCCGUCGCCCGCCUACACCGGCGACCAAGUGUCCGUGGCCGUCACCCGCGGCAACGAGGAGGGCUACUUCAGCACGCGCAAGCUCAACGGCUUCACGGGCGCCGUGUACCUGCAGCGGCAGGUGCGCGAGGCCAAGGACUUCCUGGUGGACGUGGAGAUGAAGCUCCUCAGACAGGGCAGCAUGACGUCCUUCGUGGCCAGGAUACACGUCUUCAUCACGGCCAGCACCCUGUGAGCUCUGAGCACAGGGGGGGGGGGGGCUCUUCCUCGUGGAUGUACGGGGUCUUCAUCUUGGCCGGAACCUCCGCGAGCAGAAGGAGGAGGAUUUGUCCAAGGGAGGGAAUGGGGGGAUGGGGGACAGACGGAUGGACGGACUGAUGGACAGACAGAGAGACUGAAUGGCAGUGGUCCUCAACUGCUGUGUUUUGUGGUAGGAUUUCAGACUUCACUCGUACUCGCACUAGUCAACAUUAUCCGACGGUUUGCGUCGAAUCCAUAUCACCAAAGAAAUCGUUGUUGCUGUUUUUGUUACUGUUUGUUUUUCCGAGGCUUGGCCAUACUUUACACGUCUAUUUUGGCAUGCGAUGAACCACAUAUAUCGACAGCCUAGGCCGCGGUUGUAUUUUAGCUGAUUAUUUAAGGAAAACCUCACCAAAAGUUAAAAUGACUAUUAUUUAAUGAUUUUAUUGAAACUUAAAUGAAUGUAUUGCUCUACUGCUUAAUUUUAUCCGUCUAUAACUUUCAUACAUUUUCUUGAAUAAUUACUGUGUAAGAAUUUAGCCCAUCUCUCAAUAUUUCACCUCCCAUUGAAACGCUCCGUUUAACGCUUAACGUUAAAGCUAGGGUAGGCAAUCUGAAGAAACCGGCCAGAGUAGGCUACAUUUUUAAAGUCACCAAUAGAAAACGUCCAACCCUUCCCCUUCAACCAAUCACGUGACAUGCCCGCUUUCUUUAGCAUAGGUCUGCCUAGCUCUGUACAAGACUUAUGAAGGCAGGUAGACUGACAGGUCGGUCGUCCAAUCAUUGGCCUAACAUAGGCGAAAAAAAGCUUCCAACAUGAAUUGCCUACGCUAGCUUUCAAAAUCAUUUACAAAAGUCUGAAAGGGUUAAGAAAUACCACAAAUGGGGCACUUUUUUAAAUUCAAUUUUGCUGUUUACUCAAACUGUGGUUAAUGUGUUCACUGUAGCGCAUCUUUAUAAUAGGCUUAUUUGUGUGAUGUAAAUAUUGUUUCACAGACUUGAUAAACACCGAGUUGGUUUGAGACGUGUGACCUUGCAGAGGGGUAUUUUACCACCCUGUGUUUGGUUGAUUCUGACACCUGGCAUCAUCUCAAAUUCUUAAACCUUUUUACGGAACUGGAAAAAAAAUAUGCGUUAUUCACUUGUAUUUAACUCAGGGUGUGAACAUUUAAAUAUUCUGCACACCUGAGACAUAUCUCCAUGUUGUGGCCAUUCCAGUUAUUCCUCUCAAUUACUAUUUCCUGCAGAAGCCAAGUGGAUUGUGUUUGAAGAACAAAUACCAUGAUUGAGUGUUUAUUUUUAUUUCACCAAUAAAGCUGCACAUCAUCUUCCA